AUGGCCAGCAAGAUUUUGGAGGGAUACCAGAAACUUCCUGUUACAGGAUUUCAUCCAUUGAUUCCUGAACUAAAAGCGAUAAUCUCUGAAGCAGAUAAACCCAAGAAGGGGGGUCAAAUAGGUGGGACGAAAGGAGGAAAGAAAACAAAGGGGCAAGAAGGUCCAUCUACUCAAACUCAAGCCCCAAAGAAACGAAAAGAACCUCCUGUUUCGAUCAACUCAUCUGAUGCAGGGGCAGAUACUUCACGUUUUACCACAUCUCACAUUUCUCCACCCAUUUCCCCAAUUUGUCAAGAUGACCCAGACAUGAUUUAUGGGGAUAAUGAAGAUGACUUUUCAUGA